CAUCAGUUUCGGCUGGUGAAGUAUAAUAUUAUGUGUAAACUCAAAUAGAAAGUACGAAACUACUAAAGUAGUUACCCACUACUCACUAGUUACUACUUACUAUACUUAAUUAGCGUUUUCGUGAAAGAAAUCUUUUCCCAUUCCCAAUUUCCAUUGGCGAAAUAUAAUAAUGGAUCAUUUAAUGCGUCAAACAUCAUAGUAAAAUUUUAUCGCCAUCAAAAUAGGUGUUUUAAUCAUUACUGAACCAUUGAAUAAAAUAAAAGUCGAACGCCGUUCUCAGUUAUUAACAAUAUCCAUAAGCUUAUAAGAUGGCUCAAGGACCAGCUUUAGUUUGUAGACUUUUGGCUUCAUCGGUAUCUGUUGCUCAUAAAGCAGGUAACAUAAUUCGUGAUGUUAUGCAAAAAGGAGAUUUGGGAAUAAUUGAAAAGGGUGAAAAUGAUUUGCAAACUGAAGCUGAUAGAUCUGCACAAAGGUGUAUUGUUGCAUCUUUUAAAAAUCUAUAUCCAAAUGUGAAUAUUGUGGCGGAAGAAGUAGAUAAAAUUAGUCAAAAUUUGGAUGUUCCUGCGGAUUGGCUAAUUACUGAUCUUGAUCCUAAAAUAUUGGAUUUGGAGUGUCCAAAAUCACUACUUAAUGUUACAGAAGAUCAAGUAACAAUUUGGGUAGACCCAUUAGAUGGAACAUCAGAAUUUACAAAAGGUUUAAUAGAUCAUGUUACAAUAUUAAUUGGAGUAUGUGUCAAUGACGAAGCUGUGGCUGGAGUGAUUUAUCAACCGUUUUGGCAAAACCGUGGUCGAGCUCUUUGGGGUCUGGUUGGCAGUGGUGUAGGUGGGUUUGAGUUAAAAGAACCACCUCAAACAAAGAAAGUGUAUGUAACCACUAGAAGUCACUAUGAUAAAGCAAUAGAAAAAUUUAUUGAUGGCUUAAAACCUUGCGAAGUUAUACGAGUUGGUGGUGCUGGAAAUAAGGUACUUUAUAUAUUAGAAGGAAAAGCACAUGCUUAUGUUUAUCCUAGUGCUGGUUGCAAACGAUGGGAUACAGCAGCACCAGAGGCAGUGCUAAGAGCAGCUGGUGGUGAAUUGACAGAUGUACACGGAAAUAAAUACAGCUAUAGCAAGGAAAAUGAAAAAGACCCUUUAAAUAAAUAUGGAGUAUUUGCCACGGCUCCUUCUUAUAACCAUACUGAAUUCAUGAAACUUAUUAGUGACAUUCAGUCAAAAAAUGUAAAAAAUGAUUAGUUUUGUAUUCAACAGUGACAAGAGUAUGUGCAAUGAGUAUAUGUAUUCAAAAUUGAGAUUGAGUAAAUUGUUAAUAAACAAAUAAGUAAUUAUUCAAUUUAAUGUAUUCACCUAAAAUAUAAUUCAAAUACAAAUAUUUUUAAUUUAAAAUAUACUGGACAACAUACAUUCCCCACAAAUAGCUGUUACAGGUAUAUCACUUCAUUAUAAUUAUUUUUAUAAAGUAAAUAAGUUUAAUCUAGAAAUUCUAAUUUGAACACUUUGGUUCUCAAACACAUGCACUCUUGCCACAAUUGUAAAAUUUUAUAUCUUAUAUUAAAAAGUUUUUUUUUUAAACUAGAUUUAUGUAUUUCAUUUGUUGUAUUAAAUAUUAUAUAUCAUUUUUAUAAACUUUAAAUUAUGUAUUUAGUACCAAGUACAAAAUAUGGAAGUCUAUUAA